CGGAACGGUCCCCAGCGGAGGCAUACUAAGGAGCGUACACUUGUAUCCGAUAGAUACGGAUAAUGGAUCCCGCUUCACGAACCCGAUAUUCCCGCUCGUAUACAGGAGAUGGUCACAACUAGUCACAGACCCACGUUUUCGUACGCUGCUUUCCAACAAUACAGGAUUGACAACAAAAUCGUGUAUCCGCAAUCCGAUCCCUUACAUCCAUCGUCUCCUCCUCCUUCGAGGUAAACAUGACGGCAUCGGACAAUCAGCCAGCGAAGCGAAAGGAACAUCCACGCAGGAACCGACGACGGCUAUUUCGAUCUUUUCUUCCAUGUCUCGUACUGGCGCUGUGCACAUUGCUUUGGUGGAGUUGGGAUCUCGUGCAUUUUGACCAAGGGUGGUACAAAGAGGCGGUUGCGAUUACGGGGCUUCAAGAAUCGUCCAGGACAAUGGCGGAAGCCUCAGAGACUAGGACGAAGGCGACAAUAACGACGGCACCCACCGCUUCAGAGGACCUUCUGCCGCCGCUGCAAGUCUGGCGCGAAUACCAAGCCCAACACGGCGUCGACUCUCUGAAACAAGAAUACGGCAGCAGAAAGAGAAACUCCACCACAAUCCCGUCGUCCUCCACUUCCCGCCGCUUUGCUGUCGUUAUGUACACUUGUCCUCAUCGCGUGGGCAAUUUUUGGAACAGUGCCGUGCACGCCAUUAUCUGGGCGGUAGCGCACAACAGGACCAUCUUGCUGCGCAGCAUGUACGUCGAGGAAUCGGCCUGCCGAGAUAUUGUGCGUGUACCGUCCUGGAUUCCUCGCUAUAACGUGUGGAAUCAUCAACUCGGACUGCCGUCGCCCCAACCCUGGAACCUUACCAACCAAACGGCUAAUAGUAUCGCGAUAGGUGCUACCAACAACGCAUUGGUAGCCUGGGUCCCCCAGCUACCCUAUAUAUCUCGGAAUAGGAAAGUGGUACCCAUGGCGGCGUGGGGGAGUGAUUUACUCAGUGACCGAUUCAAAGCGUACGUCCAGUCGCAGUCACAGCUCUAUAACAAGGAUCUGGAGCAAAGUAGCCACCAUAGCAGCGACAACAACGGCAACAAAGACACGACUUUUACAGCAACCUCUACCCGCUUUUUGCCAUCCCGAGUAUCUGCACUGUACGCGCUUGGUUCCACUUUUUUAGAUGGCAUGCUAUUGAAUGAGGUCUUUCCCUUUAAUCCGACUCGAUUCAAUCGCAAAGUUUUACUGCCGUCUACUAAUAAUGCCAGUAUUUCCGUCGACCAUGCGGUGGUUUUUGAUCCCGAGGCUUCCUCCCUGUUUUCGGUCGCCUUGCACUCUAGACACGUCGGAAUCGCCGACGAUGGAUCCUAUGUGCCCAGCGAGAUAGCUUGCCUUCAAACACUUCUUGCUCGCUCCAACUACACCUCCUGUCGCGUGACAAUUUUGGCAGAUCGGGACGUUGCCGUUGCGAAACUAAUAAGCUGGUUACGUACGCACACUUCCUGCGUCAUUGUCACAGCUGCUCACCCUGAGCCCAGCAACUCGUCGCUGAAUGAAAGAAAUCCUUCAGCGAAGGUGGGUAGUUUGGACGAACACGGAACCAACGCGGGACAAGGCUUCCUGGACGAGCUUGCUUUGGCCCUGUCCUACCCACUCGACGCCGUCAUUGGCGAAUCCCUUCGCUCCAGUUUCGCCAUCCUACACAAACUCGCCGCCUACCAACACUCAUUCCGUCACUUCCCGGUAUUGAGUAGAGACGCGACAGCUAUACACAACAAAUUGCAAGUAUGCGAACUGCCCUUCAAGCGCGAGUAUGGCUACGACUACGGUCCCGGAACACCUACCUUUCGCCACACGAGCCGCGUUAAACCGUUGCCACAGCAGCAAGCCUGGAAAGAAUACUUGCGGCAGCACUCGGGGGACGCACUGGAACGAGAAUGGCAGUCAGGAAGAGGAAGCUCGGCGUGGGAAAACCGUGUCUUUGCUGUAGUUCCUUUCACCGUAUGCUCGGUGGACGGUAGCUCUCUCUUCCAUUGGAUGGACAGCAUUCGGAAUGCGCUCUCCCCCGUCCAAUCAGAUGCCACGUCCGGCGGAAUGCCGUGUGCGACCAAGCUACCCGAAAAUGUGGCCCGGCUACGUCCCCAUCCCGAACUUGCUUUGUACGAAACCUGGGCGCCGAGGCUAGGACUACCCGUACCCCUAGAGCUGGCCCAUUCCUUAACAGUAGAUGGAACCGCGCUGAAGAUAGAUCGAUUCCGAUUCUACAAAACUAUCAGAAACAAGAAUCGUCCGCUUUUGAACAGUACAGACACGCAAGGUUGGGCGGUAGACCCCACCAGUAGUACUAUGGAUGGAAAGCGUGCCAAUCAGACUUCCGGCAGUAACAUGGAGCAAGUUUUGCUUGCAGAGGGUAGAGAGUAUCUGUACGGCAUGUUGUUCGAGAAUUCGCUGCUCUCGGAAAGCUUUACCCAUACUUUGACCAAGGCCGAACUCGCUGGAUUCACCGUGGGGCUUUUCGCUGCGCACCAAGAAUAUUCGGAAGCACUUCACCGAACCAGCAACGGUUACGGAAAGCAGCAAACAGUGGACAUUCUUCGGGAAAUCGACUGCCUGAAACGUGUACUGCCGCCGCCGCCACCAUCACCAGUACUGCCGACAUCAGCAACGACACUAGCACCACUUGCGUGUACGGUCCUGGCAGCAGCGGACCAUCCAAGUAUUCUGACGGCGUUGCAAGAUUGGCUCGGGGUAAAUCGCCCAGAUUGCAGCUUGCGUCAUUCCUUGCCGUCGUUUUCCUCUGAGGAUUCUCGUGAAUCGUGGCAGGAAUCCUUUCCGAAAGAUUCGGAUUUGUUGUCUCAGGCUCGAAAUGCGUGGAUUCAGGUGGUGGUGGAAGGAAAUGAGAGUCAGAAUGCCACUAGCGCUGCGCAGGCGGCCGUGGUGAGCAGUACUUUGAUACGAAAUCGUUUGGAACUGCAGCGCCGUGAUGAAGCUUGGAAACUAGGUCGUGUACCAAUGGUAUUGCCCAGUCUGGAGACUUGCGUGUUAUUGCCAUUGAACGCUAUCGUGGCUACUAGCUAA